GGCGCCAGAGUGGGUAGUUGUGAUGGUGGCCGCUUGGCGUUGCUGCGCUCCUUCCUCCACUGGCCGAGUGGCCUCACGCUGAGAUCAAGAUGGUGCGGUACAGCGCCCAGCCCGAGAACACCACCAAGAGCUGUAAAGCCAAGGGCUCCAACCUGAGAUGCAGCUUCAAGAACACGUGUGAAACUGCCAAUGCCAUCAAAAAGAUGACAUUGGCUCGUUCUGUGCGUUAUCUCAAGAAUGUAAUUGCCAAGAAAGAGUGUGUUCCUUUCCGUGUCUAUAAUGGUGGCGUCGGGCGAUGUGCACAGGCUAAAGCUUGGGGUUUAUCCCAAGGUAGGUGGCCAAAGAAGAGUGCCCGCUUCCUUCUUGAUCUGCUGAAGAAUGCGGAGAGUAAUGCCCAAUAUAAGGGUCUAGAGGUUGAUCAUCUUGUGAUCGAGCACAUCAUGGUACAGCGAGCUCGCCAGAUGCGCCGCCGCACUUACCGUGCUCAUGGUCGUAUCAAUCCAUUCAUGUCUUCUCCUUGCCACAUUGAAGUUAUCCUAGCAGAGAAGGAGCAGGUUGUGGCUAAGGCCCAAGACGAGCCUGUUAAGAAGAAGGUUUCAAAGAAGAAACUUGCUCGCCAAAAGCUUAUGGCUGCCAGAGAAUAAUUUGUAAUGUAAUAAAAAUGGAAAAUAAA